AGAGCACAAAUAGACUUGGUCAGGUCAAGAUAACUUCACGACUGCUGCCCACACAGGGCAGUUUGUUUAUUCCUGCCAGUGGAGAAGCACCUACAGUCAUCUACUGACUGAGUUUUGUCUUCUAAGACACAGACUGAGCUCAAGAAUGAAGCUCCUGCUCGGUUUGGCUGUCCUGGCGGUGACACUGGGGGUCCUUUACUCUGCUCCAGAUGACAAACCCCCAGGCGUCUCGGAGGACACGUUAAAACAGUUGUCAAUCGAUGGCGAGAAACUCGUGGAUGAGGAGGUGAGGAGAGCUCUGUAUGGAGUGAAGCAGAUGAAGGAGGUGAUGUGGAGGAAUGGGCAGAAGCAUGAACACCUCAUGAAGUCCCUCCAACACAGCAGUGAGAAGAAGAAUGGGGCAUCCCAACUGGCAAAGGAGGUGACUGAGAAGCUGGAGGAGGCAGAGGAGCAGUGCAAAGACUCCCUGCAGUCUGAGUGGGAGGAGUGCAGACCCUGUCUGGAGGAUGCAUGUAAAACCUUCUACACCUCCACCUGCCGCAGGGGAUUUGCCACUUUUCAUGCCAAGGUGGAGAACUUAUUCCGCAGAGUGUCCAGGCGCUUUGGCCCCCGUGAGCCUCGCACUGAUGCAGGGGACAUCCUGGUGAAUCAGGGCCCCGACAACAGCGAGGCUGAGGUUGUCCGCAUCGAAGAUUCCUUCAACCACCUGAUCAGCAAGGUGGGCACGCUGGUGAACCGCAGCGUCACCCUGGUCUCCAGGAUGAGCACCAGGCUCGACAAAGUCCUCCAGAGAGCCUUCCUGAACCACACAGACACCCUGAUGGAGACCACCACUGAUCCCUAUGACCCCAGCCGCGACUCGGGCUUCCUGCAGGGUGUGGGGCUGGAGGAGGUGCUGGACUCCUUCUUUGACUUCGGCAAGAGCGUGGUGGAAGAGUUUGGGGCUGUGGUGACCCAGGUGUUUGAUGACCUCAAUGAGGCAGUGCAGGAAGAGAAGAAGAAAGCGAGGGAAACUUUCCCCCGUUUCCUGCGGAACAGGAAGUUGUGCAGAGACCUUCGCAAACAGACUUCAGAGUGCUGGCAGCUUCAGAACCAGUGUGAGGCCUGCCAGGGAGCCCUGCUGACAGAGUGCCCCAGUGUUCGGGAGCUGCAUGUGGAGCUGGAUGAGGUUUCCCAGCUGCUGGAUGUCUCCAAAGAGCAGUAUGAUGAGAUCUUGUCUAUUGUCAAGCGCCACACUGAUGAGACAGUCAGCUGGCUCAGCAACAUGGCGGCUGAAUACAAUUGGGUGGCUCAGGCUGUGAGCAACAGCAGCACUCCCGAAAACAUCUUCCGUAUCAUCAUGGUGGCGCCAAAGAACCAUGAGGACCAGAAUGUAUCUGUGACUGAGACCAAGGUGGAGGUAAAGAUCCUGAACUCUUCCCCACUCAUCCUCUCGGUUCCCAGGGAGCUGGAGCUGCAGGACCCGGCCUUCAUCCAGUAUGUGACCCAGGAGGCCCUGAGCAAGUACAAGGAGAUGGUCAGGUAUGAGGAAGAGUAGGACUACAACUACAGGAUUUCCUUUUCUGAGCUCCUAUCAGCACUUUAUUUGUGAUCAGAACUAGAUUGUGUUCCUGUAUAGUAGCAUAAUCUUGUUAAAAUGUAAAUACACUAAAGCUGAACCAUGUCAAUUGCUAUUUAUUGAAUGUAAACAUGAAAUGUACUUCACACCUGUCAACUGGUGUAAAAAAAAUAAUAAAAAUAAAAUACAAGUAAGCGUGA